GCCCGGCGUGCGACACCCACCCAGCGAGCGGCGAGAGGCGAGAGCCGGAGGAUGAAGAAGUUUAACAUCAGGAAGGUGCUGGACGGCCUGACCGCGGCCUCCUCCUCGUCGUCGUCCUCCUCGCAGCCCGGCAGCAGGUCGGCCGAGAGCGAUAUUGUCGAGACCCUCAACUCGGAGCAUUUCCAGCUGUGUAAGACGGUCCGUCAUGGAUUCCCAUAUCAACCUUCAGCCAUGGCUUUUGAUCCGGUGCAGAAAAUCCUGGCUGUUGGAACCCUAUCUGGAUCACUCCGACUCUUUGGGCGACCAGGGGUAGAGUGCUAUUGCCAGCAUGAUAGUGGUGCACCAGUGAUUCAACUUCAGUUCUUGAUGAAUGAGGGAGCCCUUGUGAGUGCCUUGGCAGAUGAUACUUUACACCUCUGGAAUCUGCGUCAGAAAAGGCCUGCCAUACUCCAUUCUCUUAAAUUCAACAGGGAAAGGAUAACCUUUUGCCAUCUGCCCUUCCAGAGUAAAUGGUUAUAUGUUGGCACAGAAAGAGGCAAUGUACAUAUUGUCAAUGUAGAGUCUUUCACUCUCUCAGGCUAUGUCAUUAUGUGGAAUAAAGCCAUCGAACUGUCAUCUAAAUCGCACCCAGGACUCAUUGUCCACAUCAGUGACAAUCCCAUGGAUGAAGGCAAGCUUUUAAUUGGUUUUGAGUCUGGAACUCUGGUAUUGUGGGAUCUGAAAUCAAAGAAGGGGGAGUACAGAUACAGCUAUGACGAGGCUAUCCAUUCUGUUGCUUGGCAUCAUGAAGGGAAACAGUUCACCUGUAGCCAUUCAGAUGGCAGCCUUACAACUUGGAAUGUAAAAUCCCCUCUGAAGCCUGCACAGAUCAUUACACCACACGGAAAGUUUCCAAAAGAUGGAAAGAAACCCGAACCAUGCAAGCCAAUCCUAAAAGUAGAAUACAAAACAAGUAAAUCUGGAGACCCUUUCAUCAUUUUUUCAGGAGGUCUGUCAUAUGAUACUGUAGGCAGAAGACCAUGUUUAACAGUGAUGCAUGGGAAGAGCACUGCAGUACUUGAAAUGGACUACCCAAUUGUUGACUUUCUAACCCUGUGUGAAACGCCGUAUCCUAGUGAUUUUCAAGAUCCGUAUGCAGUAGUGGUGCUUCUCGAAAAGGAUUUGGUAGUUAUAGAUCUUGCACAAAAUGGUUAUCCUUUAUUUGAAAACCCUUACCCUUUGGACAUACAUGAAUCACACGUCACUUGCUGCGAGUAUUUUGCUGACUGUCCUGUUGACAUAAUUCCUGCACUUUAUUCUGUCGGGGCAAAGCAGAAGCGGCAAGGAUACAGUAAAAAGGAAUGGCCCGUCAGUGGGGGUAAUUGGGGUUUAGGCACUCAAAGCUACCCGGAGAUAAUUAUUACAGGGCAUGCAGAUGGGUCACUGAAGUUCUGGGAUGCUUCAGCCAUAACGUUACAGGUGUUGUAUAAGAUGAAAACGUCCAAGGUAUUUGAAAAGUCCCGGAAUAAGGAAGACAAACCAAACACGGAUAUAGUAGAUGAAGACCCAUAUGCUAUUCAAAUUAUGUCCUGGUGUCCUGAAAGCAGAAUGCUCUGCGUAGCUGGAGUAUCAGCACAUGUUAUUGUUUACAAAUUCAGCAAACAGGAAGUGACGACAGAGGUUAUCCAGAUGCUUGAAGUACGAUUACAUUAUGAAAUAAGUGAUCUUGAAUCACCAGAUAUUGAUCAGGUAACAGUGCUGCCAACCACAUGUCAGGUAUCCAACUCUCUGACAGCAAGUUCUCAGUCUCACCCUUCCACAAGUAGCACUUCAUCAGAUGGUCUCCGUGAUAAUGUUCCCUGCUUAAAAAUUAAAAGUACUCCAUUAAAACAAGGGCCAGGUUACCAGGCUGAAGUAGUGAUUCAGUUGGUUUGGGUUAAUGGAGAACCACCACAACAGAUCACCAGUCUAGCAGUAAAUUCAGCAUAUGGACUUUUGGUAUUUGGGAACUCAAAUGGCAUUGCAAUGGUCGAUUAUAUUCAGAAGACUGUACUGCUCAACUUCACUACAAUAGAAUUAUACGGCUCCAAUGAUCCUUAUCAGAGACAACCCAAGUCUCCUCGCAAAACACGGCAAGCCUCUGGAGGCAUGUUGACCGUGACUUCUUGCAUGUGCGGCCUGUCUAGUUUGUAUUCUGAAUCUAUGAAAAGGCUACGCUCUUCAUACCUAAGUCUCUGUGAUAUUAAUGAGGGUUCGGUAACUUCAGAUGAUCGCUGUAAAUCACCCACAUCGGGUUCCACCUCUCCAUGCAAUUCUGAAGAUGAACAAAAAUGUCCUAAUUUUAUAAACAAGGUGAGAACCAAAACCAGAAAGUUUUCCAAGAUCAUAGUGACUGAUCUAGCAAAGAUGUCAAGAAAACUAAGUUUGCCAACUGAACUGAAGCCAGAUUUAGAUGUGAGAGACAACUCAUUCAGCCGUUCCCGCAGUUCCAGUGUUACAAGUAUCGACAAGGAGUCCCGAGAGGCUAUCACAGCUCUUCACUUCUGUGACACUUACACUCGAAAGGCAGAUGCUAGCACUUCGCCUUGUUUAUGGGUUGGGACGACACUGGGCACUGUACUGGUUAUUGUACUGAAUCUGCCCCCUGGAGGAGACCAGAGACUCACUCAGCCUGUCAUUGUGUCUCCCAGUGGGACCAUCUUGAAAUUAAAAGGAGCAAUUUUGCGAAUGGCAUUUCUGGAUACCACGGGAAGCCUCAUUCAUCCAGCACAUGAACCCUGGCGAGAACCAAAUGUACAGGAAGAUAAAGAUGACAAAGAUAAAUGUAGGAAAAGGAGACCGGUGUCAGUUUCUCCCUCAUCCUCUCAGGAGAUAAGUGAAAAUCAAUACGCAGUGAUCUGUUCAGAGAAACAGGCCAAGGUUAUCUCACUGCCAUCCCAAAACUAUAUUUAUAAACACAAUAUAACUGAAACAUCAUUUGUUCUCCGUGCUGAUGUGGUGGGACUGAAUGGGAGCAUCUGCCUCGCUUGCUUCUGUGCCAAUGGACAUAUCAUGACUUUCAGCUUGCCGAGCAUUAGGCCACUGCUGGAUGUCAAUUAUUUGCCACUGACUGACAUGCGAAUAGCUCGCACCUUCUGUUUCACCAACAAUGGUCAGGCUCUGUAUCUAGUAUCCCCUACUGAGAUCCAACGUAUAACCUACAGCCAGGAAACAUGCGAGAAUCUACAGGAAAUGUUAGGUGAACUGUUUACUCCUGUAGAAACACCAGAAGCACCAAACCGAGGUUUCUUUAAAGGCUUGUUUGGUGGUGGUGCCCAGUCACUUGAUCGAGAAGAGCUAUUUGGAGAAUCUGCAGCAGGGAGACCCUCAAGGAGCUUGGCCCAGCAUAUUCCGGGAACUGGUGGAAUUGAAGGUGUUAAAGGAGCAGCAACUGGUGUUGCUGGAGAGCUCGCACGGGCCAGGAUAGCACUGGACGAAAGAGGGCAGAAGCUCAGUGAGCUGGAAGAAAGAACAGCAGCUAUGUUAUACAGUGCAGACACUUUCUCUAAACAUGCUCAUGAGAUGAUGUUAAAGUACAAAGAUAAGAAGUGGUACCAGUUAUGAUAACCUUGGUCCAACAUUACCUAAAAGCUUCAGCUGGAAGGAGGUUAUCUGUAGAUGAUUCUUCUCCUCUUCAUUUAUUUCUGCAAGACAGGAGAUUCAUCUUUGAGUACAGCUGUUUCCGAGCACAAAUCAUAAACUUUUACCUCAGUCACAUUGCUUUCAACUGAGGAGGAAACUGAAAACUUGGAACAUGAAAGUGUUUUCUACUAUAGCUGUGGGUUGGUGUACAUUCUGGACCUGAGCAGGGAACAAGAGGCACAAGGGGCAGAGCUGGGUUUUCUGUGUUACUUCACAUGCCAAAUGUUUUGUGCUAUUGUCUCUGCCAGUGUUUCACCCAUGGAGCUAUAAAUGUAAUAUUGCAUUCACUCCAGACGCCAAUAAAUGCAAAACAAGAGGAUAAAUAAAUUUAGCAAGGUAUUAAGAAUCCAAGAAUGAUUCAAAUCUAGCCCAAGAAAUUAUUUGCAUGAUGCUGGUUUGCAUUUGAUGCUGAUAGGACGAAUGACAUGUUUUUUUUUCUCAAUGCAGGUUACAUUAAUUUGCUAUGGAUUCAAUUCAUAUUGGUCAUUGCCUGUAACAUUACUCAUUCAGAAUGCAUAAUUGUUAGUUUUUGUUAGGCCAAGCCUGUUAGAAGUAUUGAUGUAUUUAUAGAAUGUACAUUUGGUUAUUAAUAAUGUAAAUCCUUUUUGAAACAACAGCUGUAUCACUGUCAUUGAGCCACUAUGUAAACUUGAAUCCAAAAGCGUUCUACAAAACUCACCCUUCAAGUAUUAUGGUAGCCAGGUUUCCAUCCUGUCAUUUGAAUACAUGUCCAUUUGUUGCACUAACUUCGUACUUUACUAUCUAGAUCCAGUUCAGUUAGCCAAACAAAUUGAAAUAAUCUGGCCAUCUGAAACCUUAAGGGUGUUUUGUAGGACCACAAAGUGUGUAUUUAUUUUUCACCUUUAUUUUAUAAGGAACAAAUUUUGAUUCUAUGUACAAAAAGGGGUGUUCUGACAGAAAAGGAAGUUCUGAACGAAAUGGGCGAAAGAUUAUGGGUUUGCAUUCAGAGAGCAAUCAGUCGGAAAGAGUAAUUGGAGGGAGCUGAUGUUUGGUUUAUUUUGAUGUAAAUAAACUACUGUACUGACAGAUGUGUGUUUAGGUUGCAGCAAAAAUGUGGAAAUGCCAUAAGACAAAUUUUAAGUUUACUGAAAGCACUUGGAAUCUUCUGUGCAACAUAAAGAUUAAAUAGUCUAUCAUAUAUGAAGUCAAAUAUAUUUUCAAAGCGAAGCCUGCUGCCACAAGGUGGUGCUUCUGCUUCCUCCUUGUAUAUUGUUGGUGCAGGGUAUGCUUCUCAUAUUGCAGUACAUGAAGGUGAUAUUUGGUGCAAUACUUUGGGAACAGCUGCAUUAAGAAAGCUGUUCGUAGACUAAAUGGAAUGUACCUAAGAAGCUGUAGCUGUGUAAAUUCUAUUUUGUACAUAAUUCUUCAUGCUAUUUGUUUCCACCUUCCCCUUUCCUGACCAUGUAGCAUCUUUCCAUAGGAGAUAAAAUGUGUGAAAUCCCCAGCUUUUCCUGUUUAUGGAUCAUUGCAUGUGUUCAACUCAGCUGUUGCGUGGAAAUUUAUAGCUUAAGAUCAGGGAGGAUCUGUUGCUUCCUAAUACUGCUGGUUCCAGCAGAAGCAUUUUCUUCAUAUUAAUUUUUGCGAAAAGGAAAUAAAAUGAACAUCGGAGUUUGGUUUGAGUUCCAUUAGCAUGUGUUACCCAUUAAAUUCAUCACAUAAACCUCAGAAGCUGUAUUGUCCCUGUCGACAGAAUAACUCACUAUGUUUUAAAUCGUUGGCUAGCAGAGAUCUGUGAGUCUAUUUCAUUGUGAAAUUCCAUGCACUCUUCAGAGCAUGACAGCCUUCAGUGCUAGACACUUUCCUGUUGUUGUCAUUUGUUGCCAAGCUUUGCAUAUUCAAGUUUUCUUUUUUUAUUAAGAGUUUUGUAAUCAUGUCUUUUUAUUUACUGUGUAUGGUGCAUUUUUGUUUACAGUUAAAGGCAGAAUUGUACAUCUGGAGUACCUUUUGCGAUGGCAUGCUGCCUGGGUCGCACUUUCUUCCCAUGAUUCUUCAUGCACAAUGCUCCUGGAAGGGAAGUUGUUUAUGAGCAAGCGUCUUUAUCCUCUUGGUUGGCAUUUCAGGAUUUCUUUAAAGAAAGAUUUUUUUUCAGCGUAUUUGAAAAUAUUAUAUAAAUAUGAAGUAUAUGUGUUGAGAAAUAUAUUUCCUUAAAAAUGUUUUCAGUGUAGGUCUGUUGUUCUUCAUUUCCCUGAUCUUUUGAUGGAAAUGCACGAAAUAGCUGCUGUUUGUGUGUUACACGUGAUGUGCAUCAAGUCUCUUUCAGUGUUCUGUUAAAUUAAAAGCAAAUGAAGCUGAAUUUGCUUAGUAUUUCUGCCAAAUUGUAAUGUUUUUCCUGAAAAUUGUUUUUCUAAAAAAUUAAAAAUAUCCAGUCUAGCUAACAAAUCUGAAAGUGUUUCAAUUUUGUAAAGCACUUGUGGCAUGAAUUUUAUAAAUUAUCCUCCCCCCUCUAUGAGUAUCCAUGCUUACUGACAAGAUAUUUAACUAGUCCAUGUCUUUCUAACUUCAAGACUAGUUUUAAGCCUGUGGGUUUUUUUUGGGUGGGGGGUGGGGGGCUACCUCAACUUUGCUUCAAAAGUAGUGGAAACCAAAUCUAUUACUGUUUGUAAAAAGCCUUUUAAUAAUACUUUAUUUUCAGAGCUUUUGCUCAUCUGCUAAAAUGUGUUUCUCUCCCAAUUUUUCUAUAGAAAUUCUGCAAAAGGCCAUUUAUGGGGAAAAUUCCUUUAGCAGACCAGCAAAAGCUUUGGGGGAGGGGACCCCAAAUUCAUCAGUGAUGGGUGGUCUUUUUCACUGUCCCAAGGUGGAAGUAAAAUGAUGCAAUAUUGAAUUCUAUUGAGUUUUUGUUAUCUUUUUGAAACAUUCAGCAAAAUCAUUGGCAUUAUUGCAUUUCUUGGUGGAUUUGCACAGAACAAAUUGGUGGUUUUAGAAGUGAUCUCUGAGAGCUGAAAAAAUAUUAACCUUUGAGUGGGUCCCUCAAUUUGGCCGUACAUUGACCUGUUGGAAACUUCUUUCUCAUUCGAUUCAUGCAAGAUCUUAAAAGUGAAUACACUUUCAAAUUUGUUUAACAUUUGCAAGUGAUGUUUUAAAAUAUUUAUACAUGAUUAAUACAAUAGUAUAUACUUUCAUUCAAAAGUAAGACUUUUUAUAAGUAGCAGUUUACUUUUCAUUUAAGAAAGCAAUUACGUUGAAGUACUAAGGAUAUGUGUACGUUUCAAAUUGAUCUGCAGUAGAGAAUUUUACAUUUUAAAAUAUAUGAAUCACCUAUGGAUGGAGUAAUCAAAAUAAUUUAUUUUGUUUUUCAAUCUCCCACAAUUAUCCCAUUGAAUGAUACUUUUAUUUUUUUCCUAUAAAUCUAGCAUUACCUACUAUAUGUAGCUGGUAUCUAAAUAGCAAAGUUUGAUUCCUAAUUCAUUGGGUUUUAACAGAACCAUUUUCAAUCUCCAUGUUUGUUUUACAAUUAAUUUUCACAUGCAAAAAUAGGCACAUCUAAUGGCAUUGUAAGGUAAUAGGUUGUGGUUUGGUAUUUGAUUUCUUUGGUGUUUCUCAUUAAGUCUCAUGUAUGGAACUGGAUCUUUCAUCCAACAAAUAGGGCUUGAAUUAAAUGCCCUUUUGUUGGGUCAUUUUCCAUCCAUCCUUACUCUCACUUAGAGCAUAUUGCACGUGUACAUUUGUUUUGCAAUCAAACCAGUUUGCUAAUUUAUGCACCUUCAGUCUCAAAAGAGGAAAUCUGUGAAUUACAUUCCUUAUUUUCUGUUAUCUUGUACAGUUUUACGUAAGUUUCAUGUGGAUGUUUAUGACUUGUCAGCUACCACAAAACAAUUCAGAAAAUUCUGUACAUUGAUCUUAUUGUGCAAUGAAAAAUAAAAAGAAAUACACAUGGACAUAGUAACCAAUUCAAUCAGUU